AUGCCCACUAUCACAGUAGACAAAGCGGCUCUGUUCGAAGCUCUGCAACAAGAAUAUACUACAGAAGAGUUCGAUGAGCUGUGCUUCGACUUUGGCAUUGAGCUUGAUGAAGAUACCUCCAACGAUGAGCGGCCGAUCGUCAACGGCAAGCAAGAGCCUGCUCAGCUCAAGAUUGAGAUACCUGCGAAUCGAUACGAUAUGCUCUGUUUCGAGGGCAUACAGUUGAUGCUCAACAUCUUCAAUCUAAAGGCGACUUCUCCCGAAUACAAAGCCAUCUCUCCACCCAAUGGCAAGCCAGAAGUCUUGACAUGCCACAAAUCGACCGAGCAGGUACGGCCUCUUUUAUCAGGUGCAAUACUUCGAAACAUCACCUUUACACAAGAGCGAUACGAGUCCUUUAUUGCGUUGCAAGAUAAGUUACAUCAAAACCUCGCCCGGCAACGGACCCUAGUUUCGAUUGGCACACACGACCUAGAUACUAUCCAAGGUCCCUUCACAUACGAGGCGUUGCCGCCCAAAGAUAUCAAAUUCAUCCCACUUAAUCAAACGAAAUCAAUGAAUGGCGCAGAGCUCAUGGAGUUCUAUAAGAACGACAGACACCUAGGCCGCUACCUACAUAUCAUCCGAGACUCCCCGGUUUACCCCGUGAUCCUCGACGCCAAUCGAACUGUCUGCUCCAUGCCACCCAUCAUCAACUCCGAGCACACCAAAAUCAAGGUUACCACCCGAAACGUCUUCAUCGACAUCACAGCGACUGAUCGCACCAAACUGGAAAUCGUCAAUCAGAUCCUUGUUUGCAUGUUCUCUCAAUACACAUCCACCCCCUUCACCGUCGAACAUAUCCAGAUCCAUUCCCCCCAUAACAACCAAACCCGACUCGCCCCAGAUCUCCAACCCCGCCAAACAACUGCCUCCCUUUCCUACCUGAACGCUUGCUGCGGACUCUCCCUUUCCCCAGACGAAGCCUGCAAGCUCCUAACCCGCAUGUCAUAUACCGCUCACCACUCUCCCAAGAAUCCCGACACCAUCAACGUCAACAUCCCCCCUACCCGCGCCGACGUCCUCCACCAAGCCGACAUAAUGGAAGAUAUCGCCAUUGCCUACGGCUACAACAAUCUCCCUCGGCACUUCCCCAAAGUUAGCGGCACAAUCGCCCAACCCCUGCCCAUCAACAAACUCUCCGACAUCGUCCGCAUCGAAGCCGCCAUGGCCGGCUGGUCAGAAGUGAUGCCCCUAAUCCUUUGCUCCCACGACGAGAACUUCUCCUACCUCAACCGGCGCGACGACGGCACCACAGCCGUCAGGCUCGCGAACCCCAAAACAGCCGAAUACCAAGUCGUGCGCACGAGCCUACUCCCCGGGCUUCUCAAAACGCUAAAGGAGAACAAACACCACGCGCUCCCCGUGAAGAUCUUUGAAGUCGCAGACGUAGUCUUCAAGGCCCCCGAGCUGGAGCGAAAAGCAAGGAAUGAGCGACACUUCGCUGCGGCGUUCUGCGGGAAGCAGGGGAGUGGGUUCGAAGUCGUGCAUGGGUUGCUAGACCGGAUAAUGUUGAUGCUGAAGGCGGCGUUUACGGUCAAUGAGGGAGAUAUUGCGGGGGAGAAGGUGGGGAGGAGAAGGGGAAGGCGAAGGCAUCCGAUGUUCUUCGAGGGACAUGCGGCGGAGAUUCAUUUGGAUAUGCCAGGGCGGAAGGGAGAUGAGGUUAUUGGAACUUUCGGGAUAUUGCAUCCGACUGUGCUGGAGAAGUUUGAGUUGAGGUAUCCGAUUAGUGUUGUGGAGAUCAAUGUGGAGGUGUUCUUGUAG